UCAGAGAUCAGACAGGAAACUGAUCCAGAAGCGCAGUCAGCUGACGGCACAGGCGAAAACAGCAGCAUCUGUUCUAGGAAAGAGAAUGGCGUACCCAAAAUCCCACAACCCGUUUGCCGAUGAUGACGAGGAGGAGACGACCGCCUCCCGAUCAAGAGGUGGUUUCAACUUUGACGACGACCCAGCCGAAAGCCGCAUGACCGAGGCCGAGCGUCGACAGAGGCAUCUCCAGCAGGAGGUCAUGCGGACGGCGCAGUCCGCCGUGGACAGCAGCAACAGGUCGCUUGGACUUAUCUAUGAGUCGGAGAAAGUCGGCACAGAGACGGCAGAGGAGCUGAUGCGUCAGGGCGAGGCCCUGAAGCGGACGGAGCGCAUGGUGGACAACAUGGAGCAGGACAUGCGGACGAGCCAGCGCCACAUCAACAGCAUCAAGAGUGUGUGGGGUGGCCUGGUCAACUACUUCAAGGCCAAGCCCGAACCCGCCAAACCUCCUCAGAGGGACCAGCCCACGGGAUACCAAGCCAACAGCAAGCUCCAGGACGCCCUAUCGGAAAGUAAACAACAAGAGGACCGGUAUGAGGCCAGCCAUCCCAACCUACGGAAACUGGACACAUCUGGAUUUGGCGCUUCAGCUGCAUCAAAUGACACUCCGUCCAAUCAGAAUGGCUAUUCUAAGAACAGACACCUACAAGCUGCCCAUGAAAAACUGGAUGACAACUUGGAUGAGAUGUGUUCGGGCCUGAGCCGGCUGAAGAACCUGGGUCUGGGCCUGCAGUCUGAGAUCGACGACCAGGACGUGUCUCUGGACUCACUGCUCAACAAGGUGGACAACAUGGACGGACGCAUCAGCUCCACCAACCGCCAGCUCAAAAAACUAUAAACAACAACACAAACAAACAAACAAAACAGAACUCUGCCAGGGCCAAUGUCAGCCCAGUGCACACACUAUGUGCCGGACAUAUUGUGCACACACACACACACACACACAUAUCCACACAAGAAAACUGUAUUCAUGCACAAGUCCUUAAUCACUCAACUCAAAUUUUUUUUUAUCUUGUUUCUUGUGAAGGGAGUGUGUAUGUUGAGGGGUGGUGUGAUAUUGAUGUCUGUCUGUGUGUUUGUUUGUGAGUGAAUGGAUGGUAUAAGACUGGAUUGCGGGAUUUGCUGUGAAUUUGAAGUUGUUUUGAAGAGAGCCAUUGUUUUUGUUUGUUUGUGUGAAUGUACAGUAGUCUGUCAUGAGAGGUUCUACAGUAUCUCAUAAUAUUCAUCAUGUAAUAGAGUUAAAACUUUGUGGCCUAAACAAGCAAGAACUCUGUUUCUCUGUCUGUCUUUCUCUCUCUCCUGUUGUCUCUCACUAUUUCACUCCAUCUCUCACACACAUACAUACACACGCACACUUGUACACACACACCAAACUUCUUUAUCACUCAGCAGUCAGCACAUGUGUCACCGUAACUAAACUUAACCAUCUCAAGCUUGAGCUGCAUGACUUUCAGCCCACUUUGUGUCUUUUCUAUGCUCAAGCGUUGCAGCUAGCCGGUGGCUGUGCUAGUGUGUAGUCUGGCAUUGUCAUAACCGCUGCAGCUAGCUGGUGGCUGUGCUAAUGUGUAGUCUGGCAUUGUCAUGACCGCUGCAGCUAGCAACUGUGCUAAUGUGUAGUAGUCUGGCAUUGUCAUAACUGCUGCAGCUAGCGGCCGUGCUAAUGUGUAGUAGUCUGGCAUUGUCAUAACUGCUGCAGCUAGCGGCCGUGCUAAUGUGUAGUAGUCUGGCAUUGUCAUAACUGCUGCAGCUAGUGACCAUGCUAAUGUGUAGUAGCCUGGCAUUGUCAUGACUGCUGUAGAUAGUGUAGCACUGUCUCAUUCUGUCUGGGUCUUGGAGCCUUGUGUCUAUACUAUGCUGUCUGGAGGGGGACUCCCCUUAUGUCGUCCCAUCUCCAGCCUGCACUGAACCUGGCCUAGCUAUGGCCCGCACCUGGUUCGCAGUCAACCCCUGUCUGGGUCAAAGGUCAACUCAGUUCUCUGUCAAAUUCCUCAAAUCAAAUCCAAGGAAUUAAAUUGAAUUGAAUUAAAAUUCAAACUAGUUUUAUUGACUAAUUUUAUUGGCUAGUUUGUGUUGCCAGCUCAUUUCUAGUUGUAAAGCGACUUGACAGCUAUGGGCCACAUCAGGGCUAGAUUUGAUUCUCUUGCCUGGGAUUGAUUUGCCAGCUGUAUUGGCUAAUCAAUUCGUGUUGCCAAAUCAUGUCUAGUCGUAAAGCCUGCUUUCCGCACGGCUACUGGGGAGGCCCUAUGAUCAGUGUGGGAACACCUGUACUUACUGCCCACUGCACAGCUGUACUUAUGCCAUUGUUGAGCUCACUGAACUCGACCUUGUGGAAAGGUGUGUGUGUGUGUCUGUCUGUCUGUGUGUGUCUGUGUCUAUGUAAGCAUUCAUGUGUGUGCCAGAGAGAGAACCACACAUACUGACCAUCUGCCUUCACGCUGUCCCCGCCCUCACACAGUAUUGAGGUGGUGGGUUCUUCCAUAAACUCCUGGCCCCUUUGCCCAUUGUUUUAUACCUGUUUGUUACGUUUAAUGUUAUUUGGUGGAAUUUAGUCUGUCACCCCUUGGCUGCUGUACACUGUAAUGUGGGGAGAUUAACUUGAGAACUAAAACUUUGUGGGAAAAACCUUCAGUCAAGUUCAUUUCAUUCAUUUUUUUAUUGGGUCAGAUUUUUCAUCCAUCCUUGCUCCCCAUAUGUAUUUCCGAUGGCAAAAUGUAUGUUGUAAAAUGUGUUUUCAAUGAAUGAAUGAAUGAACAAACGAAAAAAGAGAUACAACAGUAAUAAAACAUGUAUUAUACUUUUA